AUACAAAUGGGUAUAACUGACCCACAUUUAGUUGGCGAUAAACCACGUUGGUACAACUAUAAACUGGAUAAAUUAAACUUCAAAGCCUAUGAUCCUGAAUCCACGUUAUGCGAUGCGCAAUGGAGUAAUUAUGAAAUGGAUUUACUCCACGAUAUGUAUGAAAGUGAUGAUUCCGAUAGACUAAGAUCGUGUAGUAUUGAAGAUGACGACAGUAGUAGUUGUUAUUCAUCCGUCAGCGAUACCGUAGCGGAAAUGUUUCGUGGGGAUAUUCAUGGCGAAACCCCUCGGGAUCAUUGA